AGUGUAUCCUCCAUUUGCAGUUCAAGUUUGGCCGUGGUCAUGGUUCUGCAGUCCAUCUUCCGUACAGGCCUCACCGUCCUUGCAGGCGCUUCUGUCGCAAGUACAUUCCUCACCGAGACACCUCAUAUCGAAGUUCGUUCGAAGAUUCACAAUGAAACUGGAUUGCGAUAUGUGAAGAACUCAGGUAUAUGUGAGACCACACCGGGCGUAGAGCAGCUUUCAGGAUACAUUGAUGUCGGCACCAACAUGUCUAUGUGGUUUUGGUUUUUCGAAGCUCGAAAUUCACCUGAAACCGCACCUUUUACCCUGUGGCUCAAUGGUGGUCCUGGUUGCUCCUCCAUGAUUGGGCUCUUUCAAGAGAACGGACCUUGCCAUGUCACCCCCGAUGGAAAUGCGACGUUUUUGAACCCUUACAGUUGGAACAAUGUCAGCAACAUCAUAUACAUCGACCAACCAAUUGGAACGGGGUUCUCUUACGGGAAUGACACUGUCAAUAGUACUCAAUCAGCUGCACCUUUCGUCUGGACCGCAUUCCAAGUACUGUUCGAGAGCAAGCAGUUUUCGAAAUAUGCAAGCCGAGAGUUCAUCUUUGCAACGGAAAGUUACGGUGGUCAUUAUGGACCUAGCUUCGUCACAUAUUUCGAUCAACAGAACGAACUGAUUGCACAAGGUGAAUUAGAGGGCGAACCCGUCGUAGUCAGUGCACUAAUGAUCAACAAUGGAUGGUAUGACCCUCUCAUUCAGAAUGAAGCUUAUGUCAAUUUUGCGACGUACGCACCUGGUUACGGACAGCUACAGAAUGACACGGUCCUCAAGAAUAUAUCUGAAGCGUUCUAUGGACCUGAUGGAUGCAUGGUUCAGGAAGAAGCUUGUUAUGCUGCUGGCAACUCCACUGAAUCCAACAAGAUUUGCCUGAAGGCUGACAACUACUGUAUUGACUAUGUCUUUGUACCAGCUGUUGGUGACCGUGAUUCGUAUGACCUGAGGCAGAAUGCAUCUGCCCUUUUCCCACCGGAAUACUACACGCACUUCCUUCACGAGAAACGCAUCGUUGACAAGAUUGGCGCUUUAACUAGGUAUGCCGAGUGUCCCAACCCGCCAUACAACCUAUUUGAGAAGACGGGUGAUGAUGCCAGGACAUGGUUGCCUCAGCUCGCUGCACUAGCAAAUUCAGGACUCAAGAUUUUGAUCUGGGCUGGUGACGCAGAUAUUAACUGUAACUGGUUAGGUGGUCAUGCAUCAGUUCUCGCUAUGGAUUGGUAUGGCAACGAGACUCUCCAUAACACGCCGUUUACAAAUAUGACACUGGACGGAAAGCCAAUAGCAGCCGUCCAGAAUGUAGAUAACUUUACAUUCGCACGCGUAUACGAGGCUGGACACGAAGUGGCUGCUUUCCAACCCGCAGCUGCCCUAGCUAUCUUCACUCAAGUCAUUAACAAGGAGCCGUUGCACUCUGUAUAGAAUGGGUUGGUUGCACCACGCGCUUGCGUUAUCUAACAAGUUAGCUUUCUCGAUAUGAUGCUCCAAGUGUACAUAACUAUAACUGCGCUAUCAACGUUGUCGAGACUCCUUACUCUAUCUAGUCUAUUCCUGGUACCAUAGGUUAACAGGUCUGCCUUUCAACAGUUAACACUGGGUUUGGUACUGGCUCUUGCUGGUGGAUACACAGGCAAUGGUCCCAACAGUCCCAAAGAUUGAUCUGGCUCAGCAGGGAG